AUGAGUCGACCACUGUUUGGAGGUGCGAUCGUAUGCCCAAUUAGACCAUCCUUUUUGGAUGCAAGUUCUAUUCGACAAGUACCUGAUAACCAAGAAGUAUUUGUGGAUACAGAGACACAACAAAGCUUUAUUGUUGAGUUAUUAGAACCAGCAGACGCUCGAGAUCAGGAAAUUGCAAAAUUUCACUUUCAACAAUUAUGCGAAGACAAUGAAGCAGCCGAUUCGGUCAUUGUGUCUGUUGAACACUGUAAACCAGAGGAGAUAACACCGCUUUUACCAAAGGAUACGACGGAAGUCUAUCUCUUGCACGGCAAACAGAUGGUUGCAAAGUUUAAUGAAAAGGAUGCAUUAAAUACGAUAGAUAUAUUGCUCGCCGUGGUUCGAUUCAAUCAAGUCUCGACUGAUUGUGUGAUUUCGAUGAACGUCCCAGUCCAAGUUGCUGCAAACAGUAGUGAGGCUGAAUCAUUUACUCAAGCCAAUGUGGAUUUGGUAAAGCAAGACAUGAUGACCAUUCUGCAAGGUUUACAGGUGAAGGAUUGGAGUUUAUUUGGAUAG